AUGACGUGCAUGAAAAACGGCAAACGAAGAGAAGAUAGAGAAAAAAAAAACGUAUUUGAAGUAUAUAUAUUAGUUAGAAGCUGAGCAACAAAAACAAAUUUUUCGUGCUCUUACAUUCGGUAAAAGUGUUCAUUGCCAUUUGGUUCAUUCUACCACUCAAUUCAUUCAUCGUUUAUUUAAUAAACAUUCUAUAUUCGUUUUGUUUUAAUCAAAAUUGGAAAUUGUGUGCAAAAACAAACAAGAAAUACUGAAAUGGCUGUUAGUCCAGUAAUUCUUCAAGCAACAUCAAAACAUACAGCUUCGAUUAUCUUUUUACAUGGCUUGGGCGAUACAGGUCAUGGCUGGGCACAAGCAAUGGCUCAAAUACGUCCAUCGUAUAUGAAAGUGAUCUGUCCAACUGCACCAACCAUGCCGGUGACGCUCAAUGCAGGCUUCGAAAUGCCAUCAUGGUUUGAUUUGAAAACACUUGACAUGUAUGGACCAGAAGAUGAAGAGGGCAUCAAAAGAGCAACUGCAAAUGUGCAAUCACUGGUACAAUCAGAGAUUUCAGCCGGAAUACCAGCCAAUCGAAUCAUUGUUGGCGGUUUCUCACAAGGAGGCGCACUUGCAUUACACACAGGACUAACAUCAUCACAAGUGCUGGGAGGUAUAGUUGCAUUAUCCUGUUGGCUACCACUACAUAAGAGUUUUCCAGAUGCAAGGAAAACUUCCGAUACUGUGCCAAUCUUUCAAUGUCACGGCGAAUUGGAUCCAGUUGUACCUUAUAAGUUUGGUCAAUUGUCACACUAUAGUUUAAAAACAUUUAUGAAAAGUGCUCAAUUUUCAUCUUAUCCACGAUUGAUGCAUUCGUCAUCACAACAAGAAAUGGAUGACGUUAAGGAUUUCAUUGAGAAAUACGUUCCACCGCAGUAGAAUGACCACUAAAAUUCACCAAAUACAACAGUUGUUCAAUAUUGAUAAUUUAUUCAACUAGUAGUAUUUCCGUAUUCAACUAAUAAGAAUGCUGCUUUUUCAUAAACUGUUCCAUACAGGCCCAUUUCAAUUAGUCUUAUAAUUGGUUUCAAUAAAAAAGAAGCAAACAACUGAGCAUACUAUACAGUUGCAAAAUUUGUUCAAUUCUCUAAUACACAAGA